CUUUAACAAAAACUGCAGUUGUGUGUCUGUAUCUGGUGAAUUUUUGGUUAAAACAAGCUUCAUUUAGUCAGACAUUUAACUCAAGUAAGAAGCCCGAUACUUCACAAUAAAACCUCUCAAACAAAAGUAAAAUAAUACAUGUUUAAAAAUACUCCUAAAAGUACUUUUUUCCCACAAAGUUACUUAAAUAAAUAUAACCGAGUAAAUGAAGUUACCACCCAACUGUGAGGUUCUUCUUGCCCAGCCUGUUUGCCCAGGUGGGCUGCCAUGUAUUUCCAAUUAAAGAUGGCGGGUUGAACUGAAACUGGUUGCACUGGAUUUUCUCUUGAGGUAUCAGAGCAAAAAAGGAUGACUUAUCAGAUUUGUGUCUGUAAAAAGAGAAAAAGAAAAUCCAAGUAUCAUUUUCCUUCUAUUUCUCAUUUAUUCUCAACUUUCUGUUGAUCAAUUCUAAAAAAAAAAUGUAAAUUUGUGUUGAAAUGUUAGGUGCGGCACCCCUGCAGAACAAAAAGUGUUGCGUGCGUGUUUAUGCUUUGAAGUUGUGAAGGUGUGAGAAGUCAGUAAUCUGUAGGAAGUGCAGAAGCUGCUGUAGGCUGCCAGUCAUGUAGAAAAUGCUCUCAUUUGUUUAGAUUAAUUAUAGCAACAUCUCUAAGCCAUCGCCUUGCUUAUUUCCUCAAGUCAAAAGGCUUCAUGUUUGUCUGAAAGUUUCUUCUUGUGACUUUCUGCUUAGUUUACUUUCCUGUUUCUCCUCCCUUCACUUAUCCACCAAUUCUCUCCAUCCAUCUCCUUCUUUCUCAGCAUAUCUAUCCUAUCCAUGUUGCCUCUCUUUCCGGCUGUUUGAAGGAGAGCUCUUUGAGGGUCCGCUGACUUAAUUAGUGUAAUGGGGUUUUGACACUUGAGACUGAACAAGUAAAAAAGAUGUAGAAGAGGGAUGGAGAAGGGGGCAAAUGAAAGGACAUUGUUAUUAGUUUUAUACAAAACCCUUGGUUCACAAAUCUAACAAAAAACACUCAGUACUCCAUGGAGGAAUGGUUGGCUGAGACAUUUGUUGCAUUUUUUAUAAUUCCUUCAUUAGUAUGAAUGCUUAAUUGUUCUAUUUAUGUUUGCAGGAAAUAGCAACUUUUUGGGCACAUUUCCUCAGCAGUCAAGCAUUCCCAAGCCUUUCUCAGAAAAAGAAAAUCCUAAUUAUCUAAGUUUGUGAUAUUCACCUUUUUUAUGGUCUCUGUUCUUAACUGCAGAUCAAGAACUUUUCAGGGACCAUUGAGGGGAUUAACUUAGUUUGCUGGAAACAAAUUUGUCAAUUUUUCUUUUCCUAUCAGAAGGAAGCUGAAUAUUUUGACAUGCUUCUUGAACUUUUGUGUAUUUUGUCACACUGAAAGGCACAAACAUGUGUAUUUAAUUGGCAUUUUAUGUGGCAGACCAACAGAAAUUAAGACAUUACUAUAAAGUAAAAAAAAAAUGAGACAUGGUUUUCAAAAUGUUUCAGAAAUUUGAAAAGAGUGGAGUUUAUAUUUACUACUUAAGUCUCUUUGGAUCAAAGUUUGUUGUACUUCCCACACAGCUUCUGGUGAACAGCAAAUAAUACUCCAUUCAGCUUUCUUUCAACAAGGGCUUUGUUUUUACAAAUAUUACCUAAACUUUACAUUUAAAUCCACAACUUAUAUUUGCCAACUCUCCAGAUUCAUUAAGGGCCUGCUUUUGUGACUAAUAAUAUUUAGUCCCCAUUAAAGCAGAUUGAAGGUUGUGGUUGUUGUGAAAAAGGUUCCAGGGGUAUGAAUUCUUUCAGAGGUGACUGUAAAUCUAACAAGUUUAUAUUCCUCUGGAAGUCUGGUUUCUACAUGUUCAGCAGAAGAUAUUAUUUACAAAUGCUGUCCCUGGCUACACAAUUUAAAUCUGGACCUAAAAGAAAGAAAAGUAAACAAGAACAGAUGAGUAAAAGAAUGAUAUGCACAAAACAAAGAAGUCAGGAAGAAGGUAGUGGGAAAGAAGAAAAUUGAAAGCCAAGUUCUUGUCCAUCUUCGUUGGGGUUUAUUUACAUUUCAGAGAUUUUCUCUGUAUGCUGUCUGGCACAUUCAUAAGACGGAAAAUCAUGUGGCUUUUUAAAGCAAAGUUAAUGUAGUUAUUGUUUAAUUUGAAUUGAACUGAACAUAUGCAGUCCAUAUCUUUAAGCAUAUGUUUACUGCCAUAAACUGUCGGAAGUCUUAUACUAUGACUGAACUGUGCUUUAAUUCUACAAUUGGUGAAAACUCAUGCUUAGUUAUAUAUCCACAGAUCCAUUUUCUCUGACCUCAUAUCUACUACUCAUACUCAUACAACAGUAUAUUGUGGUUUUACUUUUUACUCAGUUCUUAUUGAAAUGUCUUUCAAUUAUAAUGUUGGGUCAGUAUGCUAUUUGUUUUCUAUAGUUGACAGUUUGAUACUGAUCUGUGUACUCUUACAAACUGGAAUACAUUUGUUAUCAUGUGAGAAUGAGUCUGUUGUUGUUCGGUCAACAUAUUCCCCACCUGGUUGUGCUGCUAUGUUGUGUUCGGCACCCAUAGUGGUACCACUGUGGGUGUCUUUAGAAAUAUAAGACUCAGAUCUUUGAGGACCACAAAUGUAGGCUAAGUGGGAGGAAAAUAAGAAGAAUUGAAAUAAGCAGAGACUGGUUUUUCAAGGCAUUUGUGUGUGCAGUGUUUGUAGAAAUGUUUUGCAAUAUGCAAAGACAAUUAGAAGUUAUACAGUCAUAUUUCUUUAAAACUCCACCUCUUUUGGAAGUUGAGAUCGGAUUUUAGUUUUUCUUGCACGAUCCAUGCUCCCCUCUGCAGCAGGAUGCAGGCAUGACUAGGAGUAAGGUACUCUUGCUGCUUCCAUAAGAGGGAAAAUAAUCAAAUGAACUUGAUUAAUAAACUGCAUUAUCAGUAAAUGUGACCACCUCUAAAAAUUCAGGACUUUUAGCAGUUUGCUUAUUUAUUGCUUGAAGACGUUUUACUAUGCCAAGACGGAAAGACAUUAGUAUUAACAUGAGAAAUGCAACUGUUGCCUGCCAUCAAUUUCAACCAGGGUUAAAUGGCAAUUUCCAAACAAUCUAUCAUACUGAGUGAAAGGAUGUUGAGUCAGAAGAUGAAUGUGACUUUUUUGGAGCCAUAUUCACCAGUUGACAUUAGUAGUUGGAAAAAGUAUGGAUUGGAUUUUCAGUUACUAUUCAAUGAAUCGCAUUACAUCUCAAACAAUAUUUUCAGUAUAUGUCAGACCAAAGUAAGGCUGUUGGCCCACUGUGUCCUGCACCAUUUUUGGGGAAAAACAGACAGAGCACAUCGGCGCUAAUAUACCUACUUUCAGCCCUGGUGGUGGAGGGCUGAUAAUUUUCGGAUUACAGAGUCAAUUCCUGUGUCAAAUGUAAAAUUAUCAGCAAGGCUGCAGAAGCCUGGCAGAAAAUGGAUCAUAUAACAGGACAAUGAUCCUCAAUUAAAGCUGAAAAUCUUCAAUAGCAUGGCUGGCAGAUAGUUUAUUUAUUGAGUUUAAAAAUAUAUUGUUCUGCAUAAACACUCUUUCUCUCAUAAACCUACACAGAAGUGUUGACAAAGCUUCCCAGCCUUUUAUUUCAAUUGGAAAUGGAAUAAAAGAUUAAAUAAUUUGUAUGGCUUCACAUUCCUGCCAAAAAUCUGAGGUGUGUAUUAAAUAUGUAUUAAUCAAGAACACACAGAGCUGAACGUGGCCGCCAUUACAUUCAUUAAAACAGAGAGUGAGCGGUUUAUAUGUUCCUCUGGCUUUUGGUAGGAAUGUGAUGCCAUAAAUUUCCUUAAUAUGAAUUUGUGACUUACAGAACAUAGAAAUUACUAUAUUUAUACAAUAGCUGAUUGACUGCAGCUGUAGAGUUUAUUCUGAAACAAUUGAAAGUGUCUCACUGGUCAUUGACACUGUUCAUAAACCUACGGUCAUAAAUUCCUUGUUUCCUCCCAUGAUUCAUGUUGCCACUCUGUUCACAGCUCCUCCCUUUGCUGCUGAUUAGCUCUUUGCUCUCACCUGUGCCUCUGCUUUAGUGCUGCUGAUUACUGAAUACUCUCACCUGUGCUGCUCUAAAACUCCUGCUCUACACUCACUCAGAGUAAGAUUGUUGUCAGUCAUUGAGUGGUUCUGUCCCAUGGCCUUUCUUAAGAGAAGGUUCCAUCACCCCCAGCCCUGCCUGCUCCAUGUUUGUACUACUAGUUUCACGUACCUGAAUAUUGAUUAUUGCCUCAUGGAUUUCAACUUGUUCUGCCUUCCAUGUCUACCUGUUGCUGGCCUUGAGUAUUCGACCCACCAUUGAGUUAAAGAUUACAAGCACUUGGAUCAUUCAUGUCCUCUUGAGCGCACACAGUUCCCAGCGUAGCGUGUGUCCUUCACUAUAAGGUCUUGUGGGUGAAAAAAUCCCUGGAUAUGUUGCUUACCUCCAGGGAUUCAAGACAAUCAAGGAAAAUCAGCGCAUUGCAUGGUGGGAAGAGUACAGCAGAAUGGACCCAAAGAAAAGGCUGUGCGCUGCAGCGGCCACAGAAAGCGCCGCGGAUCCUGGUGUGUGCCGAUCUCCGGAGGGUCCCGGAUAAUCCAGCUGGACCCUCAGUGGACUGGAUCUCCCUGCUUACCCGUACUAAGCAGAAGUGGGGCUUUCACAUUCCGUGCGGGGAUUUUUAAUUCACUCAGCGCAGGUGACCUGAAACUGAUUGCAAAGGAGGAGGACGGGAGAACAAAUGGAAGGAGAGCAGAGAGAAAGUGGAUAAGAAAGAGACCAGAAACAGGACCAGAAGGUUUCCUCGUGCAGAAGGGAAGUCUCUUUCAAUACAGGGCUUUGACUUAAAAAGCAGACAGUUGGCAUUACCAGAAUAAAAAAAGUUACUACCAGAUCUGUUAUAAUGGAGAAGACAUACUCCCUAACUGCCCACUACGAUGAGUUCCAGGAAAUCAAAUAUGGCGGUCGCUACAGCAGUGACAUCCUCAGCAAUGGCAUGACCCUUCACCUGGGGGGCAGCCUGGACCGCCAUGUGGUCCGAGGAAGGGGCAACACCUGGUCAAACAGCCGAAACAAAGACCUGAGCGGCAACAGCAGUAGCGGGGGCCUUCCUCGCUGGAGCAGGAGGGAGAAUUGUCUCCUGUCUGCAUUGGUCUUUGCUGCAGGCAUGUGUCUCAUCCUGGGGAGCAUGCUGGCUCUCAAAUACAUUUCACUUGAUGACGCGGACUGCAGGCAGGACUGCCAACACAAACGCUCCCUUAUGCGGGCAACUCGCUUCGUUCAGGCUAAUAUUGACAUAACCAUACAGCCUUGCCAGGACUUCUAUUCCUUUGCUUGUGGAGGCUGGCUGAGGCGCCAUGGUAUCCCCGAAGACAAGCUCAGCUAUGGCAUCAUCACAGCUAUUGGAGAGCAAAAUGAAGAGAAGCUACAGCAACUCCUUCUGGAGCCGGUUCAGAGACAUGGGCCAGACUCCGCAGAGCGGAAGGUCAAGGAGUUUUAUCGGUCCUGCAUCAACAUCAAGGACAUUGACAAACUGGGGUCAAAACCCAUGACAGAGGUGUUAGACAGCUGUGGAGGAUGGGACCUGGAGGGAGCACCUUCGGAGAAGGAGGACGCCCCCCAGAGGCCUGAUUUUAAUGAGCUGCUCUACAGGACGCAGGGGGUUUUUAGCACUGCUGUCUUCUUCUCCCUCACCGUCAAUGUGGACGAUAAAAACUCCUCCAGGAACGCUAUCAGGAUUGAUCAAGAGGGACUCACUCUGCCAGAGAGAAGCCUCUACCUCGGUCAGGAUGAGGACAGUGUGAAGAUCCUGGCAGCGUACAAAGCCCUGAUGGAGCGCCUGCUGAGCAUGCUGGGCGCUCACAAUGCCACACAGAAGUCCAAGGAGAUUAUAGAGCUGGAGACCCAACUGGCCAAUAUCACUGUGUCAGAGUACGAUGACCAAAGGAAAGACAUCAGCACAAUGUACAACCGAAUCACCCUUAGGCAGCUGCAGCGCAUCGCACCUAGCCUUCACUGGAAGCGAUUGUUGGACCGAAUUUUCCACGACAACUUCUCUGAAGACGAAGAGAUCGUGGUGCUUGCCACUGAUUACAUACAGAAAGUCUCUGACAUAAUCAAGAACACUUCAAAGAGGGUUCUGCAUAACUACAUGCUGUGGCGCAUUGUGGCCGCGCUAAGUGAGCACCUGUCCACCGCCUUCCGAAGCACCAUCCACGAGUUUUCUCGAGAGAUUGACGGCACCGAGCAGCAGCUGGAGCUGGGCCGGCUCUGCCUCACUCAAGCCAACAAGCACUUCGGCAUGGCUCUGGGGGCGUUGUUUGUCAAGAAGCACUUCUCUUUAGAGAGCAAAGUCAAGGUACAGAAGUUGGUGGAGGACAUAAAACAUGCCCUGGAUCUUCGGCUGCAGGAACUGGACUGGAUGGAUGAGGCCACCAAGGAGGCUGCCAGAGCAAAGCUGAAGCACAUGAUGGUGAUGACGGGAUACCCAGACUUCUUGCUCAAAGAUGAACUCAUUGAUCAGGAAUAUGGGUUUGAUGUGAACAAGAAGACGUACUUCAAGAAUAUCCUCAACAGCAUUAAGUUCAACAUCAAACUGUCUGUCAGGAAAAUACAUGAAGAAGUGGACAAGACAGCGUGGCUUCUGCCCCCGCAGGCUCUUAAUGCCUACUACCUCCCUAACAAGAAUCAAAUGGUUUUUCCUGCUGGCAUCCUGCAGCCCACCCUCUACAAUCCUGAGUUUCCACAAUCUCUGAACUAUGGCGGAAUAGGAGCUAUCAUUGGCCAUGAGCUGACACAUGGUUAUGAUGACUGGGGGGGCCAGUACGAUCGCUACGGCAACCUCAAACAGUGGUGGACUCAGGAGUCCUACAGAAAGUUCCAGAAAAAGGCUGAAUGCAUUGUCAAGCUCUACGAUAACUUCACUGUAUAUAACCAGAAGGUGAAUGGCCGCCUGACUUUAGGAGAGAACAUAGCUGACAUGGGAGGACUAAAAUUGUCGUACUAUGCAUAUCAAAAAUGGGUGAGGGAUAAUGGUCCAGAGAGGCCCCUCCCUAAGCUAAAAUACACCCACGAACAGCUGCUCUUCAUAGCCUUUGCACAGAACUGGUGUAUGAAGAGAAGAUCUCAGUCCAUCUAUCUGCAGCUGCUCACUGACAAGCAUGCACCAGAGCACUGCAGGGUGCUUGGCAGCGUUUCCCAGUUUGAUGAGUUUGCCCGUGUUUUCAACUGUCCCAAGGGUUCUCCGAUGAACCCUGUGGAAAAGUGCUCUGUUUGGUGACCCAGUGACCCUCAAUUUUCAAGAUCCACACAAAACUCACCGUUUCUUCAGACACAUCACAUAUUCCCAUAGUUCAUCAGGGAGGAAACAGUGUUCAGACCACUGCCUAUGGGUCCACAUCAUCAUCACCGUCAGUGACUGAGUACCACUGGUCAAACCAAGCAUGAGUCAUGUGACUGUAGCUUGUGUACAAAUAUCAUGUGAUUAUAAAUAUUUUUCUAUGUUUACAUUUAUUUUGAAAUCAUCUAUUUUUCUAUUUAGCAAAUAUCUCAUACAUUAUGUUUAGGAUUCAUAGAGUUUUGUUUCAGGUUAGGCAUUAUGUUUUCUUGUUUGUUUUUUGUAUGAAAAAGGCUUAUUUCAUAUGUAAUGAAAAAACAGUCAACUUAGAGUAAAUAUGGAUUUGUAGCAUCUUAGUGCCAGCCAAACAUUCAGGAAGUAUCCAUCUGCAGAUGCCACUCUCAGGCUCACUACCAUUUCCAGUUCAUAAAUUGUUUGCUCUCAUGCCAGGAAAUUAAACCUCAUAGUAACGUUGCUGUGGCUAAAUUCCUAUUUUUAUUAUCCUCCAGAGAAAACACGUUUACGGUACAUACACUUUGAAAAGAUGCGUAUGCGUUUUGUUCGUUUUUUUCUCACUGUGUGGUAUUAAAGCUAACUGAACUUUUUCUGUUUUAAAUCAGUUAGGAUUAACAAACUUAUUUCAAUUCGCUACAUGGAAGAUAUUAAAGAAUUUGAAGAAAUCCAGAUGAUGUCAUCCGAGUUAAAUGGAGGCAUACGUAUAAACAUACUGUUCAGGAAGGAGACAGGUUCUGUGUCCAAAAGAUGAGCGUAGUUUGGUGUAAAAUAUUUUAAAAAACCAGAAAAAAAGCAAACCUUGUAAAGAUGCUGACUGAAGCUUCUAGGAGAGUCAUUAUCUGCUGUGAAAUGAGUCCUGUACCAGCAUGAGGAGAAAGGCCCUUUAGAGAGGAAGAAUCCUCUCCAGAAGCAACUCAAAAAAAAAGAUUACAGUUUGCAAAUGCACAGAGGGACAAAGAUCUUAGUGUUUGGAAACAUGUCCUGUGACCAGUGAAACCAUCCCAACUGUGUACCACAGAGGUGGCAGCAUCAUGUUGUGUGUAUUAUGAGACAAAGGCACUUCACACAAUAGAUGGCAUUUUGUAGAAAGAACAUCAUGAGUAAAAAUCAAAGCAACAUCUCAAAACCUCAGUCUGAAAGUUAAAAUUUGGUAGCAAAUGAGUCUUUCAAAUUUACACUAUACUAUACUGACAAUUAGUUACAAAGUAAGUUAAGAACAUUAAAGUUAAAGUUUUGGAGUGGCUA